GUUAACGGCACGGUAUCGAAACACUUCCUGCCAAGCUUCACAGCGGAACGAGCACAGAGAGAUAUCAUGAAGCGAUAGUCUGGUCAUAGCAACUUAUUUUUAAAUUGCAGAUGUGGAGCAGAACAUUGAGUCCUCGUGUGAUUGGUCGAACAUCUUUGUGUUGGAGGAGUCUCUUCACUAUGAAGCUGAAGACCAGUGAGUUCCAGUGUCUGUUCUCUGAUGGACUGAAUGGACUGGCAGAGGUGUUUGCGAAGCACCAGCAUGAGCUGAGGAUAGCUGGAGGUGCUGUACGAGACCUGCUGUCUGGUAAACGGCCUGAAGACGUGGACUUUGCCACCACAGCCACUCCAGAGAAGAUGAAGCAGAUGUUCCAAAAAGCCGGCAUCAGGAUGAUCAACAACAAAGGAGAGCAGCAUGGGACCAUUACAGCAAGACUACACAAUGAGAACUUCGAGGUGACCACGUUGCGCGUGGAUGUUCAGACGGAUGGACGUCAUGCGGAGGUGGAGUUCACCACUGAUUGGCAGAAAGACGCUGAGCGGAGAGACCUCACCAUCAAUUCCAUGUUUCUAGGGCUUGAUGGCACAUUAUAUGACUAUUUCAAAGGAUACGAAGACCUGCAGAAUCGUAAAGUUCGGUUUGUCGGCAGCGCUGAACAAAGAAUCCAAGAGGACUACUUGAGAAUACUGCGCUAUUUCAGGUUCUACGGCAGGGUGGCGAUGGAGCCUGACUGUCACGAGGCUCAGACGCUGGCCGCCAUUAGGGAGAACGGUCGUGGACUUGCAGCCAUAUCAGGAGAACGGAUUUGGGUCGAACUAAAGAAGAUGGUUGUUGGUAACCACGCUGCUCAUCUGCUGGAGCUGAUGUACAGUCUGGAACUGGCCCAGUACAUAGGUUUACCUCCAGAUGGCAACGUUGAGGAGAUGAAGCGAGUGUGGCAGAACACCAAAGACCACUCUCCCAAGCCCAUGACCAUCCUGGCUGCUCUCUUCCGCCGCCCGGAGGAGGUGGAAAAGAUGGACAUCAGGCUGAAGGUGUCCAGGGAGGAGAAGACUCUGGCUCUGUUCCUGGUCAAAUACAGACGGGAGCUCCGCAAGAACGACGACGAGCCGGACAGCCUCACACCCUUCACUGACUUUAUCUUUGACAGUCGGGAGCUGGACACCCAGAGCAAAGUGUGUGAGCUGCUGAAGUAUCAAGGCGAGGAGAAGAUGCUGGCAGAGCUCAGCAGGUGGUCCGUCCCCCGCUUCCCCGUCAGCGGUCACGAUCUGAGGAGGCUGGGGGUCACGUCGGGCAAGGAAAUAGGCACCACCUUACAGGAGCUCCGUGACAUCUGGAAGAAGAGUCGUUACCAGAUGGACAAAGAUGAGCUCCUCAGUCACGUAAAGCCUUAAAUGAGGAGGUAAUUGUGCCGCUCACAGGUAUUGAUGUAUUGAUCGAGCAGAUUGCUGCAUUUCUUUGUGAAAGGACAAUGUAAGAGCUGGGAAAUGUGCAGCCGCUGAUGAAUGCAAUUUAUUUUUAAAUAACCCCAGAGCCACUUUUGUUCUCCUUUAUACAAUAUACUCUCAGCAACACAGCUGACACCAUAUGAGAAAAUGUGUACCUUUCAUUUCACUAAAUGUGUUAUUACAGAGCUUUAUGCAAAUCCUUUGGAUAAGCAGCUGUUAUGCUCAGAAACUAUAGGAAAUAUUGAUGGUAGAAACCAUGUUGAAAAGCAGAAGUUUGGUUUUGAUUGUUUCGGUUUUCUUCUCAGUUU